ACAGGAAACUGAUAAUUUUUCCUUGUUGCCAAAAGAAGAGGCAGCAAUAAUGGAUGAUUUCCACAAGCACUGGAAAGAUCUCACUCUGGAUCCAGACACCGCCCAACCUGAGCUCAGCAUCUCUGCAGACUGCACUGAAGCCACUUACAUCGAGCACCCUCCAUCAGUCCCCGGCCACCCAGAGAGAUUUGACCACUGGGAGGAGGUGCUGUGCAGCCAGGGCCUGGAUGGUCGUUGUUACUGGGAGCUGGAGUGGAGAGGGCAGCAGGUCUGCGUAGCGGUGUCGUAUAAAGGUGUCAGCAGGAAAGGUGGGAGCAACGACAGUCACUUUGGAAUGAAUCAGCUCUCCUGGAGCUUGGACUGUUUUGACUCUGGUUUUUCUUUCUGGCACAAUAAUGAACGUACUGAUAUAAAAGCACCUCCAUCGUGGAGGAUAGGAGUAUUCCUAGACCAUGAGGAAGGGACUCUGUCCUUUUACAACAUCGCUGACUCAGAAGUUCUCAUUCACAGAGUCCAGACCACCUUCACAGAGCCUCUCUACCCAGGCUUUGAAUUUUAUAAUUAUGGAGACCAUGUUAAACUUUGUCAUCUGAAAAAUCAGACAUGAUCAAUGGCUUUAAUACAGGUUUCUUAGACAGAAUUUGCUCAUCUUUUUUCUCCAGCAGGAGACUUUUCUGGUGUACAACUCUCAGAAAUAUUGACUGUGGAAAGAUUUUCCAUUGUAAAUACAACUAAAAGAAAUGAUGAUACAUCUUACCACUGUUUAAGAUGACCAAGCAAAUACAGCUAUUUAGCAUACUUAUUUUUUAUUGAUUGUUUACUUUAGGUGAAUAUGUAUCUGCAAAUCACACAGCAACAUCACUUAAAACUGCUCAAGAUUCCACUUUAUGCAAGUUCAUGUAUGACGCAUACUCUGCAUCAACCUUGCUUGUGUUUUUAAGGCUUUAAAACUCUAUCCAUGGUGUUAAUGUCAGCUUUAAAAAUUUGCAUGUAUGUGUCUGUUGUGUGAGAGGGGAUGAUAUAAAAUGGGAUGCCUUGGUUUUAAAAGUUUCUGAACUACCAGUAUAGAUAUAACAAACGUACAAACCCUCUUUAGGCCAGAAGGUGGCAGCAGAUACACUGUAUGUAAUGAUAACUCACAGCCGUGUAACUAAAUGUCAAACAUGGUGUGUGUAGACUUUAAGUGCUGCAGGCGACUUCAGGUGUUUUGAUACUGAUUUGACAUUUAAAGGUGAAUUCCAUGUCAAACUUGUUCCCAUUGAC